CAAGAAAUAUUGCAUGUUAAUUAGUCUAAUUUUUGUUUUCACUUGCUAUAAAACAUAUUUGAUAGUAUAUAUUAAUUCCUCUGAUCUCUCAAUGUUUUUUUAAAUAUUUUUUCAAUUUCUUUUGAAAAUCAUGACAUGAUUUUUUUUUUAUCUUCUGGUUUCGAUGAUCUGAAGUAUAUUUUCUAGCAUAAAUUAUUUAAGUAAAGACGAAAUCAGAGAGAUCAAAAGAGAAGACGAAAUCAGAGAGAUCAAAAGAGAAGAAGAAGAAGAAGAAGAAGAAGAGAUCAAAUUAAAGCUGGCAAAUAAUAGCAAGUGGUGGGAGAGAAUAGAUGUGGCAAGGACUGCCACCAUGGCUGGUUAUGAAUCAACUUCUACAGAUCAUGCCAAGCCAAUUGCAACUAGUGAUCAUCACCAGGAUAGGACUCCUUCUGGCACUAGCUCUGGGGGCGGUGGGACCAUUCCUAGUUCCCGCCCUAGAGGCCGUCCAGCUGGUUCCAAGAACAAACCGAAGCCGCCCAUUAUUGUAACACGGGACAGCCCUAAUGCCCUCCGAUCCCAUGUGCUUGAGGUGUCUAGUGGUGCUGAUAUAGUGGAAAGUGUGUCCAAUUAUGCGAGGAAGAGAGGGAUAGGAGUUUGUGUUCUUAGUGGGAGUGGGAGUGUUGCUAAUGUUACUUUAAGGCAGCCAGCUUCUCCCGCAGGGAGUGUGCUUACUUUGCACGGAAGGUUUGAGAUCCUUUCUCUAUCUGGAACCGUGCUUCCUCCACCUGCGCCACCUGGUGCGGGAGGGUUGUCGAUUUUUUUGUCUGGUGGACAAGGACAGGUUGUUGGAGGGAAUGUUGUGGGCCUCUUAAUGGCCGCAGGUCCUGUGGUUUUGAUGGCUGCAUCUUUUGCUAAUGCAGUUUUUGAGCGUUUGCCUUUGGAUGAUCAAGAGGAAGCUGGGGAGGUGCAGGUUCAACCCACGGCUUCUCAGAACUCGGGUGUGACUGGAAGUGGUGGACAGAUGGGUGAUGGUGGAGGAGGCAGCAGCACUGGAGGUGGUUUUUUUCCUAUGGGAGGAGCUCAUCAUGGGACCUAUCCAUUUUCAACUGAUUUAUUUGGAUCAUGGGGUGGAAAUGCUUCAAGGCCUCCAUUUUGAUUAGGGUAAAAAGGGUUUUAUUUUUAUUUUUUUCCAACGAGUGAUGAUGUUAGGAAAAAAUUAGCUUCAGAAUUUGCGCAAGGGACUUUCUGGUGAUCAGCUUUGAAUAAUUGACGAUGAAGCAAUGCUCAAGGGAAUAUAUAUAUAUAUAUAUAUAAAGCAAUCAACUUGCAAGUAUAUAUUUUGUAUUAAUAUAUAAACUUGGCCGUGAUGUGAUGUUCUGGUGACCAAAAAGAUCGAGAUCGGUCUCCUAAUUAAUUUCUUCAUUGACAAGAGGAAAAGGAAUAGAAGAAGAAGUGUAUUCAUGGAGGCUGCCUGGUAUCA